AUGUCAAUAUCUCGGGUCAAGUCUGGCUGCAAGACCUGCAAAAUCCGAAGAGUCAAAUGUGAUGAGAACAGGCCAGCUUGCCAAAGAUGCUUGUCUACGGGCAGAACCUGCGAUGGGUACGGCAUUUGGGGCGGCGGAGGCGGGCGCCGUUCCCUUGCAUCCAGUCACGCAGCACAUCCCUUGGCACAACCAUCCUCAAUCUCGCGUCAUGAUACACGUGCUGGUGCCUUGAGCCUCAGUCAUGACGAGCACAGGCAAUUUGAGUGGUUCGCUCGCCGUACCACCGGCAAGCUACCCGGGGUCUUCACAUGUGCUCUGUUCUGGGAAACCCUGGUGCUUCAGGCGAGCUCAACGGAGCCAGCGGUAUUAUAUGCUGUGCUAGCGCUCGGUGCCGCCCACAGGAUGGAGAUUGCGAAUGCGUGUUGCUGCAAAGUCGAAUCGGAGGACUCCGAGUUAUCCAAUAUCACUACCCAAAAGCGGUUGGCCUUGCAGUACUACAACAAGGCGAUUGGUCUGCUUCGACCUCAAUUAUGCAACAGACGCCCGGAAUCCGUGCGCAUUUCUCUUGUUGUUUGCAUCAUAUUCAUCUAUUUAGAAUUCCUGCAGGAGCGUUAUGAAGAUGGUUACGUUCACUUCCGGCACGGCCUUCAACUUUUGGACCUUCUCACUCCAGGUCUUUCGAGCGGGUCGAGGUCAUUUCGAGACUGUGCCGAUGAGUCUCUCGCCGAAACCCUGGCUUGGCUCGAUAUCCAGACAACUCUCCUCAAAACAAACUCUUCCCAGGGUCACUACUCUCGAAAACUUCCCUCUUGGCAUGAUACCCAAGUGCCCACUGCUUUUCGAGAUAUCCUUCAUGCCCGUCAGAGCAUGGAUAGACUUUUAUUUCGAUCUUACGCACUAGAAGAACAGAGUCGACAAAGUAGCUACAAUUCAGCCACAACGUUCGACCUGCUCGGUAGUCAGAAACGUCUUAGGAAUGACCUCGCAUUCUGGUCAAAGACCUUCGGUACCUACACCAAGAAAAUGUGGCCUUUUAUUGGGGAUCAAGACAAAGUUGCCUACAGCUACCUACCGGUGUAUCGCGAGAUGGCUUUCAUCAUUGUCGAAACCAGUCUCUAUCCAACGGACGAAUCGAUCUUCGACCGCUACACAGACAACUUUGUCUUCAUUUUGUCGGCGAUAAAAGAUAUCCUGGAGGCCAUGUUACCCGUACCACUAAAUCAUGAAACAUCGAGGCACUGCACUCAGCGGUUCAGUUACUCUGCUCAAAUGGGUCUAAUCCCGCCGCUUUAUUACACAGCCAUGAAUUGUCGAGUGCCAAUUCUCAGGAGACAGGCCGUUGAGCUUGUCACCACAGGACUCCACGAGGAAGGCAUUUGGGACACGUCCUUGUCGGCACAGAUGGCCAGAGAAGUAAUCUCGUUGGAAGAAAGAGGCUUAUGUGGAUAG